UACGGUAGCUGCUGCUUACAGCUGCUGUCCCCGACACCGCACACGAGCAAAACGUAAACGUAACGAGCGCAUUUGCUGAACUUUUUUUUUUCUUUUUCUCCCCCAAACGAUGUCUUUUGUUUCUCACGGCCAGAGAAACGCGAACGGAACGUACACGUUCUCCAGCAGGCCAAGACCUGUUGAAAACCGCUCCAAAUACAGAGAACAGCCGACGGAAAAGACAGAAAAAGCACACACUACUUACGGAAACAUCAUGUAUGAUCGCCGUGUCAUCAGGGGGAAUACUUAUGCCCAACGCUUUUUAUCAACAAUGGUACAGGAAGACCUUGCUGAAAUACAAAGACAGCAAGAGAUGCGAAAGAAAGCCGUGGCUAAUAAAAAGAAGACCAAGGAGCUGUUACGAGCUUCCACUCCGGAGGCUGUGCAAGGCAGAAAACACAAUGUUGUCCAAACUGAUAUUUAUCUGGAGGAGUUGAGCUACAACAUAGAAGUUUCACAUAUUGAGUGUCAGACUGAUCCUCUCCUUGACAGACCAGCAACACCGCUUUUCAUACCUGCUAAAUCGGGCAAAGAUGUCGCAACACAAAUAGAGGAGGGGGAGUUGUUCGACUUUGACAGAGAGGUACAGCCCUUGCUGGAGGUCCUGGUUGGGAAGACUAUUGAACAGUCUUUGCUGGAAGUGAUGGAGGAGGAGGAGCUGGCCUGCCUAAGAGCCCAGCAGAGGACCUUCCAGGAGCUCCGCAAUGCCGAGCUGGCUGAGCUCCAGCGGUUACAGGAGCAAGAGAGGCGCCGCAGGGAAGAAAAAGAACAUCGCAUUGCCCAGCAGAGGGAGGCACUUAUGAGGGAAAAAGAGACACUGGAGAAAAUAGCUGCACGGGCCUACACCGAGCAGUACUUGGCUGACCUUGUACCAACAGUCUUUAAGUCGUUGAGGGUCCAAGGCUUCUUCUUUGACCCUGUGGAAAAAGAUAUUGAAACAAACUUCUUCCCAUGGCUGAUGGCUGAGGUGAACAGCAAAUUGGAAAAGAGAACUGCAGCAAGGCAGCUUUUGGACACACUCAUCUAUGACGUGGCCGAGAAAAAACUAUCAUUCUACGCAGACUUACAGGCAGUAGACAAGUAGACAACAACAACCAAAAUAAAUUAAUAUCUUGACAUGUAUGAAAUUUCUUUAUUCGGACACUUUGACUCUAGGAUGCAGUGUUUUCAUUUAGUUCUUGCCUCACUACUAACAAUUAUCUUAUAACUGGAGAGAAACAUUAAGAUUCUAAAUGAAAUGCAUCUUAUUCACCACCGAUGGUGAUUUUCAAACAUAUUUAUGUGCGCAUAUUA